AGAAUUUUGGCAAGGAUCAUUUUGUAUAUUAAAAAUUUAGGGUCAUUUUGGAUAUUUCCUCCUUGUAGCUCCGCACCACAAUUGAAGAAUUUUGUGGGGGCACAUAUAACAACACGCAGCCGCGACUUGCUGUGCGGCCUUUUCCCUGGGACGAAGAAGCGAAGGCACAGAGAGAGCGUGUGUGCGCUUUCUAGAGAGAGAAAGAGACCCUUCGCCAUUGCAGCUGGUGUCACCAGAUCUCACUUUCUCCCACUAGAUCUCAACCUGCAAGCCCUAAAAAUGGUUUCAUUCAGUGGCGAUGAGACUGCCCCCUUCUUUGGCUUCCUUGGAGCGGCGGCUGCCCUAGUUUUCUCCUGCAUGGGGGCCGCUUAUGGUACUGCUAAGAGUGGCGUAGGAGUGGCAUCCAUGGGUGUGAUGAGGCCUGAGCUUGUGAUGAAAUCCAUUGUACCAGUGGUCAUGGCUGGUGUUCUUGGUAUCUAUGGCUUGAUCAUCGCAGUGAUUAUCAGUACAGGGAUCAAUCCCAAGGCUAAACCUUACUAUCUGUUUGAUGGUUAUGCUCAUCUAUCUUCUGGUUUGGCCUGUGGUCUUGCUGGCCUUUCGGCUGGUAUGGCCAUUGGUGUAGUUGGUGAUGCUGGAGUCAGGGCCAAUGCUCAGCAGCCAAAGCUCUUUGUUGGGAUGAUUCUCAUUCUCAUUUUUGCUGAAGCACUUGCCCUCUAUGGUCUCAUUGUGGGCAUCAUUCUCUCAUCCCGAGCUGGCCAAUCCAGAGCUGAAUAAGACUUCAUUGCAUGUCCUUGUGAGGUUGGUAUUUCACAAAUUAGUUAAUUGUAUUCUGUUGUAUUCAUUUUUAUGGACCAUUUAUAUCUUUUACCUGUUCUCAUCCCGUGGUGAAUGUGGAUAGUAGAGAAGAGUCUUCAGGAUUGGAUGAAAUAAAGCUUGUGAAGCUGUUCAUCUCUGUAUUGGUAUUGAUCCUAAUGAAUUUGAAGCUUGCGCUUGUGGUCAGCGUAACUAGUCAAGGUUCCUGUAGAUUUUUGUGGGAAGACUGCUUAAUAUGUGUUUUUUUUUUGGUUGAUUCUGAACCUCAAUUUACGUGGUGGGUACAAUAAGAAUUCUCGUAUUUGAAGGUCAAAAGAGCUGAAUCAAUUUUAUGCUAUGAGAUUUGCCGAUGCGA